UUCAACAGACUGGUGCUGGCUUGAGAUUGGCGCAUGCGGUUUUGCGGAAAAGUUACCAGAGCUCGGAUCCUACUUCUUUUUGCAUACAUGCAGCGGCGUUAUUUGCAAUAUUGUAUGGUGCACUAUUAAAUAGGAGAUACAAUGAAAUCAAGUCGCUUUAAUUUGACUACCAGCAUCAUCAUACUGAAUGUAUUUUUCACAUUCUUACUGAUGGCACUUGUGGGGUUUAUGUUGCCUCAGGUGUUUAACCAGCGUCAAGAAAUCAAGAAACUUCAAGACAUGUUGCAGGAUGACGACGGAAAAUACAGUUUCAAGAACAAAGAAUCUGCUCACAUUGUCGGUGGUGUGAACAAGCUUCUCAUUUCGCCGCCGCCUUUCGGAGAUGUUUAUAGAGUAAAAUCCUGGAAACAACAGCACAUUUCUGGCAAAUUGAAUUACGAUAACAAUGGUCACCUCACUGUAAAUGCUGACGGAACAUAUUAUGUUUAUUGUCAGAUGUUCUAUUACGACGGUAAUUGCAGUUUUACUGGAUUUAAUGUGUACAUCGAUAACAAGAUAAUUCUAAAAGCCAUUGCAAGUGUCAUUGACAUUUAUAAACCAUAUUAUACACAGUAUACAGGUGGUGUUUUUAAAAUAACCAAGGGUCAGAGAAUAUGGGUGGGGACAAACAUAUCACGAAAAUAUUUUAUCAACGAAAUUUCAUCGUUCUUUGGCGCAUACAUUUUACAUUCAUAACUCUGAGGAACGUCAUGUUGCCGUCACCGUUAUGUCCUAAAUUACCACCAUUCCUCAUUAUCGCACAAUGCACCUGUAUUGCAUUCUAAUGUAUAUACGUGAUACACCUAAUGUUUAAUGACUAUGAAUAUAAAGUUUGUAUUAUAACCAAUAGAAGUAGCUGGUACUUCCUAUACCUGGAAGCUAUCUACACUCGUUACGUGUACAGUAAAAAAAAACAUACUAUAUAUAUCAAUACAUCAUUAUCAUUCACGAAUAUUUCGACGUUAUGCAACUGUAAAUAGUUUUUUAA